CCAAGGACAAUGCCACUCAUUUAACAAAAUUCAUUCUCCAUUUACUCUCUCGUCCCAACUUUCUCUCCGUCCAAACACUUUUUUUAUCACUACAGUCCACAAAAGAACAUGCGAUCCCCAAUCUCAAAUGGCAACUUCUAGUACGACAACCACCACAAUCAUCAAGAAUAAGAACAAGAACAAAACCCUUUUCACGCUUUCGAUCCUCUCAUUCCUUUCCUUGUUCGUCAUCACCCUCUUAAUCUCCUUCACCAAACGAUUUCUCCAACCCACCACUCUCUCUAUCUACUCCUCACCACCACCCUCUCUUUCCAAUUCAUCUUCGGACUCCAUUGUUGAUUCGGGAGGGUUUGAAGAUGAAGAUACUCAAUUACCCAUCAAGGAAUUUGAAAAUGUUAGCUCAAUCACAGUGGUUGAAGGAGGAGAUAGUGGGAAGAAUGGGGGCGAUGUAUCAUCAGUGGUGGAAGAAAGGUUUGAAGAAUGGGGGAAGAUUUCUUGUGAUCUGUAUGUGGGAAAUUGGGUGAGAGAUGAGGAAGAUUACCCAAUUUACAAACCUGGGUCUUGUCCUUAUGUUGAUGAGGCUUAUGAUUGCCAAAACAAUGGAAGGAAAGACUCUGAUUAUCUGAAAUGGCGGUGGAAGCCCCAUGGUUGUGAGCUUCCCAGGUUCAAUGCAACAGACUUCUUGGUGAGAUUGAGAGGAAAAAGGUUGAUGCUGGUUGGAGAUUCCAUGAAUCGGAACCAGUUUGAAUCACUACUGUGCCUUCUUCGUGAAGGCUUACCCAAUAAGAGCAAAAUGUAUGAAGUUCAUGGCUAUAAAAUAACCAAGGGAAGAGGUUACUACAUUUUCAAAUUUGAGGAUUAUGACUGCACAGUUGAAUUCGUGCGCUCACAUUUCCUUGUCAAGGAAGGGCUUCGGAUUAAUGCACGAGGGAACUCAAAUCCGACUCUUUCUAUAGACCGAAUUGACAAGUCAGCUCCAAGAUGGAAGAGGGCUGACAUUCUAGUCUUCAAUACCGGGCACUGGUGGACUCACGGAAAGACUGCCAGGGGGAAAAAUUACUACAAAGAAGGUGAUUAUAUCUAUCCUCGCUUUGAUGCAGUAGAAGCUUAUACAAGGGCCUUGAAGACCUGGGCAAACUGGAUCGAUAAGAAUAUAAAUCCAAGAAAAAAGUUGGUCUUGUAUCGUGGGUACUCAUCUGCCCAUUUCAGAGGUGGAGAUUGGGAUGCAGGAGGGACAUGCCAUGGGGAAACCGAACCUAUCUUAAAGGGGGCAUUCCUUGAGGACUAUCCUCCGAAAAUGAAGAUAGUGCAAGAGGUGAUACGGGAAAUGCAAGUUCCGGUGAUACUAAUGAACGUUACGAGGUUGACCAAUUUUCGCAAGGAUGGCCACCCCUCCGUCUAUGGCAAGAAAGUUGCCAUUGAUGGUGCGAGGAAGGUCUCUACUAAGCGCCAAGAUUGCAGCCACUGGUGUCUUCCCGGUGUCCCUGAUGCUUGGAAUGAACUUAUCUAUGCCACUUUGGUGUCUCAACAUACUACUACUUCCACUCAUUUCUAAUGAUAUAUAUAUUUUGUUUUUGUUUUUAUUUUUUUAUUUUUUAUUUUCUGUGCAAAUGCACCUUUGCCUAUAUUUCAUUUCCCCCCUUUUAUUGCUCACUAUCCAAAGCUUCAGAUGAGUUUAAAGUCACGUAUACAUAAUUAUUAAGUUUAUCUCUGAAUCUUGAAUUUGUGAAAGGAGAGGGAAAUUGAAGGAAAAA